CCACGCCCCCUCCGCUGUGUUCCGGGAUGGAGCGGGCACCGGGAUCGGGAUCGGCACCGGGACCGGGGCGCUGGGCCGCCACCGCCUGCGUGGUGACCGGCGCUUCCCGCGGCUUCGGCCGCAGCCUGGCGCGGCUGCUGGCGCCGCAGCUCGGGCCCGGCUCGGCGCUGCUGCUGCUGGCGCGCUCCGAGGAUGCGCUGGCCGAGCUGGCGAGCGAGCUGCGCGCCGGGGCCACCGGCAGUGCCACCGGCAGUGCCACCGGCAGUGCCAUCGGCAGUGCCACCGGCAGCGGCGAGCUGCGGGUGCGGUGCGUGGCCGCUGACCUGGGCUGCGAGGAGGGGCUGCGGAGGGCGGGCGCUGCCCUGCGGGAGCUGCUGCGGGACGAGUCCUUCGGCCGCCUGCUCCUGGUCAACAACGCCGGCUCCUUGGGAGACAUCUCCAAAUCCUUCCUGGACCUCACCGACCUGGAGGAGAUCAACGCCUACUUCUCCUUCAACAUCAGCUCGGCGCUGUGCCUGACCUCCACGGCCCUGAGGGCCUUUGGGGCCCGGCCUGGCUGCAGCAGGACCGUGGUGAACGUCUCAUCCCUGUGUGCCCUGGAGCCCUUCCCCAGCUGGGCUCUCUACUGCUCGGGGAAGGCUGCCCGGGACAUGAUGUUCCGUGUGCUGGCGCUGGAGGAGCCCGGAGUCCGUGUGCUCAGCUAUGCCCCGGGGCCUCUGGACACGGACAUGCAGCUGCUGGCCCGCACCCAGACUGGAGACCCCGGGCUGCGCCAGCGCUUCCAGAGGCUGCAGGAGCAGGGGCAGCUCAUCCCGAGCUCCGUGUCAGCCCAGAAGCUGCUCCGGCUCCUGCAGGAGGAUUCCUUUCCCUCCGGAGCACACGUGGAUUUCUUUGACGUCUGAGCUCCUCCGCCUUUGCCUCCCUGCUUUGCUUCCAGCUGAGCCUUUCCCUGGUGCCUCCGGCACGGCCUGGUUCAAAUCCUGGGAUUUGGGGGGCUUUAAGGACACCCCUGGGUGCCUUUGGGUGCCCUCUGGGGCUGGGAAGCAGCUCCUGCUGCCGAGCCCUCGCUGGCAGGGCUGCAGUCCCUCACUCCCGGGCAUUUGGGAUUCGUCCCCACGGAAUGGCCCUGCAGGCUCAGACUCAGGAGUUUGUGGGACUCGAGGGCUGUGCCAGCCCCACGGACGCCCCAGCAGGAGCUGUGUCCCCGUGUGUGUCCCCUUUGUCCCCAAGGAGCCGUUCCUGGGUGGGGCUGUCCCCCCAAGCCCUGCUGAGGUGGUUGCUGGGGGAAGAGAUGGGAAUCUGGCUCCAUGGUUCAGAGGGCUGAUUUAUUGUUUUAUGAUGUUAUAUUAUACUAAAAAUGCCGUGCUAGAACUACGCUAAGCUAUGGAGAGAAAGGAUCCACCAGUCAAAAAAAUGAAUAACAAAAACCCGUGACAAACCAGGGAGUCUGACCCAGCUGGGGUGGGAUUGCUGGUCGGGUAAAACCAAUUCACGUGGAGCCAAUCCAAGGUGCCCCGGCUGGUGAACAGCCUCCGGAGCAAUUCCACAGCGAGCACACCCGGGUACAUUUCCUUUCUGGGGCUUCUCGGGAGAGAAAUCCCGGCGAAGGGAUUUUCCAUGACAGGUCACGGUGACACCUGGCUCUGUCCCUGCCCAGCAGGGCUCCUCCUGCGGGGCUGGGCGGGCUCCGGGCUGGGGAGCAGCACAGCCUCUCCCGGUGGUUUGCUCUCAAAGACCAGGAGCCGCCAGGAGAGGGAGCUGGCCUGGAGGAAUUGGGAAUUUUGGGAGCCUGGCUGGGCUCAGCAGCUCACACAAACCUGAGGAGAGGUCAGAGCGAAGACACAGCCCCGAGUUCCUGCCCUGCUCCCCUUGCAGGUGUGGGGUCCGAGCCCUACUGUGGGGUUCAGCCCCUUCCUUUUAACUGUUUGUGGGGGUUUUUUUGCCAUUUUUCCUUCAGCUUGCAGCAGGCGCAGACACACAGAGACUUUUCCUCUGGAAAGCUGAUGCAGAAAAGUUGUUUUGAAGACCUGAAAUGUGCCCUGGAAAUGGCCAGUGCCCCUCUGUGCCCCCUCCACCCCAACCCUGCAGCUCAGAUUCUGUCCCCCUGGCUCUCCGGUCAUUAAAAUUCUACACUCAUUAAAAUCA